AUGGCAUCUCACUUACCGCCAUUGUUUUUCUUGCACAAACUUCAGCCUGCUUCCCUAAGCAGCUGUCACUCAACCAUGAGGUGCUGCCUUCUAUGGAUUCUGUGGAUGUGGAUAAGCCCGGCUUCGACAGCGCACCAGCACUCGCACCCGCACUCAAUCAAAAUUCCUGGUGACAUCACCCUGGGUGGCCUCUUCCCUGUGCAUGCCAAAGGCCCAUCGGGUCUUCCGUGUGGCGAGAUCAAGAAGGAAAAAGGGAUUCAUCGUAUGGAGGCCAUGCUGUAUGCUCUGGAUCAGAUCAACAGUGACCCAGACCUGCUGCCCAACAUUACACUGGGGGUGCGAAUUCUGGACACAUGUUCGCGGGACACGUAUGCAUUGGAGCAGUCGCUCACCUUCGUCCAGGCCCUCAUCCAGAAGGAUACCUCUGACAUCCGGUGCUCCAGUGGUGAGCAGCCAAUUAUACGCAAGCCAGAGAGAGUGGUGGGCGUGAUCGGGGCAUCAGCCAGCUCCGUCUCCAUAAUGGUGGCCAAUGUGUUGCGACUGUUUGAGAUUCCUCAGAUCAGCUAUGCUUCCACAGCGCCGGAGCUCAGUGACAACAAUCGCUACGACUUCUUCUCACGAGUGGUUCCUCCGGAUUCCUAUCAAGCUCAAGCCAUGGUGGAUAUUGUAAAGGCACUGAGGUGGAAUUACGUAUCCACGCUGGCCUCAGAAGGGAACUAUGGAGAAAGCGGAGUGGAUGCUUUCAUUCAGAUCUCUCGAGAGGCAGGAGGUCUGUGUAUUGCUCAGUCCAUAAAGAUCCCACGAGACCCGAAGCCUGGAGAGUUUGACAAGAUCAUUAAGAGAUUAAUGGAGACACCCAAUGCUCGAGGAGUCAUCAUCUUCGCCAAUGAGGACGACAUCAAACAGGUUUUAGAGGCUGCUGGAAGGGCAAACUUGACAGGUCACUUUAGAUUUGUUGGCUCAGACAGCUGGGGGGCGAAGAGCGCCCCUAUCCUGGACUAUGAAGAUGUGGCAGAAGGAGCUGUCACCAUCCUGCCUAAAAGAGCAUCUAUUGACGGGUUUGAUCAAUACUUCACAUCUCGCUCUCUGGAGAAUAACCGCAGAAAUAUCUGGUUUGCUGAGUUCUGGGAGGAUGACUUCAGGUGCAAACUGACACGUCCAGGAAUCAAACUUGACCCAGAAAAGAAGAAAUGUACAGGUAAAGAGAGGAUCAGUCGUGACUCUGUGUACGAGCAGGAGGGGAAGGUACAGUUUGUAAUUGAUGCUGUGUACGCCAUGGCUCACGCCUUGCACAACAUGCAUCAGGAACUGUGCCCUGGCUCCACGGGUAUCUGUGAUAAAAUGGACCCGGUGGAGGGACGAUUACUGCUGAGCUACAUCAGAUCAGUUAACUUCAAUGGCAGCGCUGGUACUAGUGUUCUUUUCAAUGAGAACGGAGAUGCUCCAGGACGCUACGACAUCUUUCAGUAUCAGUUAACCAACACUAGCAGCCCAGGAUAUAAAGUCAUCGGCCAGUGGACGAAUUUCCUCAGACUUAAUGUGGAGGAGAUGCAGUGGUCUGGUGGAGAGCAUGAAAUCCCUCCUUCCGUCUGCAGCUUCCCAUGCCACCCAGGCGAGAGAAAGAAGAUGGUAAAGGGUGUGCCAUGCUGCUGGCACUGUGAGCUCUGCGAUGGUUACCAGUACCUGGUGGGAGAGUUGACCUGUGAUAUGUGCCCAUUCGACAUGAGGCCUACAGCAAACCACACAGCCUGCACUCCCACACCCAUUAUCAAGCUGGAGUGGCAUUCACCCUGGGCCAUCGUGCCAAUGUUUCUGGCCAUCCUAGGCAUCGCAGCCACUCUAUCUGUGAUUGUCAUCUUUGUGCGCUUCAAUGACACCCCGAUCGUUCGAGCUUCAGGACGUGAGCUCAGCUAUGUUCUGCUGACAGGCAUCUUCCUAAUCUAUCUCAUCACUUUCCUGAUGAUUGCUGAGCCAAGCACUGUGGUAUGUGCCUUCCGCAGGCUGCUGCUUGGUCUGGGCAUGUGCAUCACAUACUCAGCCAUGCUGACCAAGACCAACCGUAUCUACCGCAUCUUCGAACAAGGGAAGAAGUCAGUGACACCACCCAGGUUUAUCAGUCCAACAUCUCAGCUUGUCAUUACCUUCAUCCUUAUAUCCUUUCAGGUAUUUGGAGUCUUCGUCUGGUUUGGUGUGGUGCCUCCGCACACUAUUGUGGACUACGAUGAGCUGAGACCACCCAACCCAGAGCUGGCACGUGGCAUUUUAAAGUGUGACAUGUCCGACCUGUCACUCAUUUGCUGCCUGAGCUACAGCAUUGUGCUGAUGGUCACCUGCACUGUCUACGCUGUCAAAAGCAGGGGCGUCCCUGAAACCUUCAACGAAGCCAAACCCAUCGGCUUCACCAUGUACACCACCUGCAUUGUGUGGCUGGCAUUUGUGCCCAUCUUCUUUGGAACAGCACAGUCUACUGAAAAGAUGUACAUUCAGACGACAACACUGACUGUGUCCAUGAGUCUGAGUGCCUCUGUGUCUCUGGGCAUGCUCUACAUACCAAAAGUGUACAUCAUCGUCUUUCAUCCUGAACAGAAUGUGCAGAAACGAAAGCGCAGCUUUAAAGCUGUAGUUCAGGCGGCCACCAUGUCUACCCGUCUCUCACAGAAGUCCAACAGUGAAAAGCAGAAUGGGGAAACCAAACUGGAUUCUGAGAGGACACAGUAGCAGGUGCCUGGAGCAACACUGGACUGCAACACUGGAUUGCAACACUGGACUGCCACAAUGGGCUGCAAGAG